GAAGCUGCUUUCACCAAUGAGAAACCUGAAACAAACCUUGGACACGCCCAUUACUCCGAGCUGCAGCGCCCCCGUUUGCGUUCAGUUUCAGUCAGAGUCGAUCUUCAGAGGUGAGGAGAGCAGUUCACGUCAGAUCAGCUCCUCCCACUGCGUUUCAUCAUCAGUGAAGCUCCUCCCACAACAAUCACACACUAAAAUUCCCCUAAUAAAUGCUGGGAUAUUCCCAUCAGAGGAGCAUCAGGAAGAGCUGAAAUCUGCAAAGACUGAGUUUAUUAAAGAGGACAGUGAGAACAUGAGUGAUCCAGAACCCUGCAGAAUGAAACAUACUGAAGAUACUGAAAAACAAAGAGACAUGAUGGAAGAGAGCGAAGAGAGUGAAGAACUGAGUGAAGUGGAGGAGGAGCAUCAUGUCAAACCUGGAGAAAAACCUUUGAGUCGCUCAAAGACUAAAAAGAAAUUUGUAAAGAAAAGAAGAGACAAGAAAUCCACAACCUGCACUCAGUGUGGAAAGAGCAUAUCAACCAAACAUCUUGAUGUGCACACAAGAAUCCACACCGGAGAAAAGCCGUUCACAUGUGAACAAUGCGGGAAGAGCUUCACACAAACAUCAAAUCUUAAGAAACACAUGAUGUUCCACACAGGAGAGAAACCAUUCACAUGUGAUCAAUGUGGGACAAGCUUUGCACUAAAAAUACAUCUUAAGGAACACAUGAGGAUCCACACUGGAGAGAAACCGUUCACAUGUGAUCAAUGUGGGAAGAGUUUCCCAUACAAACGAAGUCUUGACAUUCAUUUGAGAGUUCAUGGAGAGAAGCCGUUCACAUGUGAUCAGUGUGGGAAGAGUUUCACACAAAAAAUACACCUUAAGGUUCACAUGAUGAUCCACACUGGAAAGAAGCCGCAUGUAUGCAAUAAAUGUGGGAAGAGUUUCAUAGAUUCAACACGCCUUAAAAGUCACAUGAGAAUCCACACCGGAGAGAAGCCGUUCAUGUGUGAUCAGUGUGAAAAGAGUUUCACAUGCAAACAAAGUCUUGAUCAUCACCUGAAAGUUCAUACUGGAGAGAGGCCGUUCACAUGUGAUCAAUGCGGGAAGAGUUUCAUGGAUUCUUCAAAACAUAAAAGACACAUGAAAAUCCACACUGAAGAGAAACCGUACACAUGUGAUCAAUGUGGGUUUAGUUUCAAAGAAAAAACAAACCUCACGAUACACAUGAGGAUUCACACCGGAGAGAAGCCAUUUGCAUGCGAUAUAUGUGGAAAGAGUUUCAAGGAUUCAGGAUAUCUUAAGAGUCACAUGAGAAUCCACACUGGAGAAAAGCCUUUCAUGUGUGAACAGUGUGAAAAGAGAUUCUCAAACAAACAAAAUCUUAAGCUUCACAUGAGGAUCCACACUGGAGAGAAGCCGUUCACAUGUGAUCAGUGCGGGAAGAGCUUCAAACAUAAAUCAAGUCUUGAGCUUCACAUGAGAGUUCACACCGGAGAGAAGCCAUACAUGUGUGUUCAAUGUGAAAAGAGAUUCACUCACAGACAAAAUCUUAAUGCUCACAUGAGGAUCCACACAAAAGAGAAGCCGUUCACAUGUGAUCACUGUGGCAAAACAUUUAUUGGGUCAUCAAACCUGAAGAAACAUCUGACAGUUCAUACGAAGGAGAAGCCACAUUCAUGUUCUGUGUGUGGAAAGAGUUUUUCACUGCUGCAAAGUUUACAGGAACAUCAGAAAAUACACACUGGUGUAAAAGCUUAUAUGUGCUUUGAGUGUGAGAAGACUUUCAUUUCAGUUGGACAUUUAAAACUGCACCAGAGGAUUCACACUGGAGAAAAACCUUACAAGUGUUCACACUGUGACAAGAGAUUCAGUGCUUCGGCACAUCUGAAAAGACAUGAGAGGAUUCACACUGGAGAAAAACCUCACAAGUGUUUACACUGUGACAAGAGAUUCAGUUGUUCAUCAUCUCUGAAAGCACAUGAGAGGAUCCACACUGGAGAAAAACCUUACAAGUGUUCACACUGUGACAAGAGAUUCAGUCGGUCAACACAUCUAAAAACACAUGAGAGGAUCCACAGUAAAGAGAAGCCACACAUGUGUGAUCAGUGCCGAAAGAGUUUCUCUUGUAAAAGUCACCUGAAGAUACACAUGAAGAUCCAUGCAGUGGAGAAACCACUUAGUUGAGAGACCAAUUAGUUUCCUAACAGCCAUGAUGAGUGACGGGGCAUUUUGUUGGUUGAUUGUGUGGGUUGAUUUUAUUGAAGACAUCUACGACCUACUUUUCAAGAUAAUCAUAGAGAUUGUUAUUUUUUACAUCUUUGUAAUAAUUUAAUAAUAAAACUACAGCAAUUAGUGGCCACUAGAUGGUAGUGUUGACUGGCCUCCAGUUAUCUCCAUCGUGUGUCUUUCAUGCUUGGUGGUGUAUUUGAAUAAUAAUUCAAUGUGAGCUAGCAAUAGAUCUGUGAGAGAAGUUUCGAUUCCGUUUUUUAUCAUGUUUUCAUAAUUGGAAAAUGCAGACGUAAUUAGAGGUUGACUGAUUGAUCAGCUGGCUGAUAUAUCGGCCCAGUUUUUAAAAAAAAAAAUAGGUAGGCGCAAUUGUCUUUCCAUCGCCAUAAAGGCCCGUUUAUACUUUAUUUUCCGCAUUCUGCUGCCUUUCAAAAUACACUCCUUUGGGUGGAAAAACGGCACCAAACGAAGAAACGAAUUUAACACCUGUUCACUAUCAAGUUGACUGCUGUUUUCAAGCGCUCAAGUCACUCACACAUGCCCUGUUGUACAUGAGGAUCGUCCUGCAUGUGGUCUGCGAGCCUUCCUGUCAUUUCACCUGUUGGAGUUUGGGUUCCUUGCUGCUGUCGCCUUUGGCUUGCUUAGUUAGGGACACUUGACAUUUGAGAUUCAACAGUGCUUUGAUCUGCCUGCAUUGACACCAUUUUCUUUAAGAGCUGCCAUGCAGCCAAAAUUAUAUACCAGUUAUCACUGUAAAGCCGCUUUGACACAAUCUGCAUUGUAAAAAGCGCUAUAUAAAUAAAGGUGACUUGACUUGACUUCAACCAGCUGUAGUUUAGGCUACAGUUGGUAACAAAACCUGGUAAUGAGCCCAGCGGCCGGCCAUGCAUAUCAUUAGUGCAACAAUUCAUUUGCAUGUGAAAGUAGAAACACAUUUCAGACAAAUCCUGGCUAAAACGUGGAUGUUAACAUUAAAUGUGUCCGUGUCCGACAUAGCCUCCAUGACGUCAUCGCUCGUGUCCAGCACAUUCUUACACAGAUAUGAGCAGCAGGCUUUGUAAUAUGGGCGAACUCUUUUAUUAUUGUUAUAACUUUUUAAUUAUGGCCAUUUUACUUACAAUACGUAUCUGUGAACAAACAUAAACCAAAAGCAUGCUUCAGAAUAGUUUUUAGAAGGUUCUCAAAAUUUUGAGCCAUGUAUUAUUACUAUGAAUUAGGCUACUACUAAGUUUAUUUGACAGUCUAGAUAUUUGAUUACCUGUUUUGUGUGUAUAAUUUAACAUAUACAUUAUUUUUAGUGCACUGAUUGGAGAGGCUUGUGUUAUUAAUUAAAUGUUUAAUUUAAGCAGUUUUCUGCAUCAAUUUCAUAUAACUUAACUAUUAGAUUUUAUGAGGGGGAAAAAGAAAAUUGGACAAACAUAUCAGCCAUUGGCUGCUCUGAUUUCUAAAUUUCAGCAUCAGCCAGAGAAAAACCCAUAUCGAUCGACCUCUACUCAAGAGUCUCACCUCAGUCAUGGUAUUGAGGGUGGAAGAAAGAACCUUUGGGUUACAAGUCCGACUCUCUAACCACUAGGCCACGACUGCACAUCAAGUGGUAGAAAAUGUGUAUGAUUCAGAGAGACGCACAGAGACAGCAACGUGGCCACUUGACUUGCUAUCGCUUUUCAUUUAAUUCAUAUAUCAUUUCAUUCAUUUAUCAUAUCGUACAAUGUUAUAAACAUUUAAAUCAAGUAGUAGAAAAUGUGCAUUGAAGGGGGUGGAUUCUGUAAUCCAGUGCUGCUUCAAUAUAUAUCCUUUUUUAGUAAGUGGACAUGAGUGACUAUGAUAAAGGUAUUAAUCAAUAUUCAACCUUUUAUGUCUUAAACGAUUUUAAUGAUUUAUUUCAAGUAUAUGCAACCAUAGAAAUGAUUUGAAAUGUUUGUUGAAAUGUUCUUUCCAGGUAUUCUCUAAUGUCUGUGUUUGAUGUCUGAAAUAUAUAGACUUGGUUUCAAGAGACCUUCAACGUGUUCAGACAUAAAUCUGUUUGUUCUAGCUGACCAAGACUGCUAGGGUCACAAAGGUCACCACAGCUCAUGGUAUACGUGGCACAAUUUCAUCUUGCUCUUCUGUAUUUUUCUAAAGAAUAAAGAGGAAUAUUGUCUGUAUAGCCUA